AUGGAUUCUCUCCAGGAUGGCAUCGAUACUCUGCGAUCAGCAGUCAUUGACGGCAGAACAGAAAAUGUCCGGCAUAGGCAAAACGAGCUCCUAAAACUCGAUUCAGGAUUGCGCAAGAAUUCCAGCUCAACAUGCGACGCAAUAUCAAAAGACUCGGGGGUUUCCGCUUCAGAUGCGCAGAAGGAAUUCAUGCUAGCCAUGGAUGCAGUUCAGAAGAUGUACGAGACACUGGAUUUCGAGAAAUCUCUGGAGGACGAAUACUUAGUUAAAGAAGGGAAAGAUAAUCUGAGCAGAAGAGUUAGAAUAGGCAUAGUUGCCAUACGACCAACAAAUCAUACGCGGUUAUACUCGAUUGUAUCCCCGCUUGCGGCUGCCAUUGCUGCGGGAAACUGCGUUUUGCUAGAGCUAGAAUACCCCGAUUCUCAACUUGACCAAGCGCUGAUGGAAAUCCUUCCUUCUGCACUUGAUAGAGAUACAUUCUUCAUCUCCCACAUAAGGCUUAAUAAUGAGCAACUCUCCCAAAUCGAUUUGACUGUCGACCAAAAGAGCACGGCCUCCAUUUCAGACCUCAAACAACUUCUUUCACAACCACAAACCGGAACUCUAGCAGUCAUCGAUCGGACUGCAAAUAUCGGCUUAGCAGCGAGAGCAAUCGCAACCGCUCGUCUUCCUCCAUAUAACACUUCACCGUACUCGCCAAAUCUAGUGAUUGUCAACUCCUUUUUACUCGAAGAAUUCGUACAAGGAUGUAUAGAAUAUGCCGAUAGCCUUGUUUCGUCGGAUGAGAAAAGCCUUUCAGAUGGGAACUCGCAGGGACUUGAAAGCAAUUCUGCCGAGGGAGAACUUGUAGUCCACACAUCCAAAACCGGGAACCUGAAAGUUGUUGUUCUUCAAGACCGCAACAUACAACUUCGCCACGCCCUCUCUAACCAAACACCUCUCGCAAUCCAUCUCCUCCCACGCAUCGUUCUCAAACCACAUUCCCCUUCCCCUCCUCUACGGACCGGCCGCACCUUGUCCGACCAUGUAUCCCGUAUCCGUGCAUCCGCGCUAUACGCCGGGUAUGUUUUCUGUACCGAGACCGGAGUUCGUGACUCAGAUGGAAUUUCCGGGGGAGGUGGGGGCAUUGAAGCCUACGGGGCAGAGAAAGGGACAUGCGGUGGGAUUUUUUGA